AUUUUACACUUGAGUUGAAGACUGCUAAAAACUGGCUAUAACCUCACCAAUUAGAGACACCAGAGGAACGACAGCAGCGAAUCAACAACACAGAUAACGCAAAAGCAAAAAGUUUGCAAUGUGGAGCGAACAGAAGAAGAAGUGAGGACCAGUGAGGACUAUAUCGAAGUGUAUUUAAUUUUCCAUUUAACUACCGAAAUUUUGUCCGAGUGACAGAUGAUAGGGCUUAUGCGUUACAGUUAUAAACCGAGAGGGCAUCGUUCAUUGUUGGUACAAUAUUUUAUCCCUGGGGGGUUCAAGUUUAAUUAGUUUCUCGGUUUGUCUUUGCCCUUGCAAAUAAGAAUGUGACUUAUUUCCCUCCCGAUUUCCGCGAUUGAUGAGGCAUUUGCUAGACAUUCAAGUUUGGAUUUCCAAUAGCCAAAGCUAUCAACCAUUUGCUUGUCAUAGCCGUAUUGUAAAGUAGGUGCAGCGACGCUGGAGCGGAGGCCAGCCGGCCCGCCGCCGCAGUGCCAUGAGCUCGCUGGGGCCGGACCGGCCGUGCGAGGCGCGCCCGCUGGUGGCGCCCGGACGAGAGUUCUUCUGUGGCUGGGGCGCCGCCUUCAUCAACAUCACAAUCACCUUCCCAAUCAACAAAGUCAUGUUCCGACAGAUGCUGCACGGCGUCAGCAUGUGGUCGGCACUGGGCCAGCUCAGAGGAGAGGGCAUGUUCUUCCUCUACCGCGGCAUCCUGCCGCCCCUCUUCCAGAAAACAGUCUCUGUCUCACUGAUGUUCGGCAUGUACGACCAGUACCAGCGCACGCUGCGCCGCUCGGCGCCGCGGCUGCACCCGGUCCUCGCAGACAUGAGCGCCGCCGCGCUGGCCGGCGCCAGCGAGGCGCUCCUGACGCCCUUCGAGCGGCUGCAGAUUCUGAUGCAGGACCGGCACUACCACGAGCGGUUCGCCAACACGUGGCACGCGGCGCGCCAGCUGCGCACCUUCGGCCUGGCCGAGUACUACCGCGGCUUGGUGCCCAUCCUGCUCCGCAACAGCGCCAGCAACGUGCUCUUCUUCGGCCUGCGCGAGCGGCUCAAGGCGGCCGCGCCGCACGACGGCGGCCGCGCCUCCUCGGCCGCCUGGGACUUUGCGUGCGGCGCUCUGAUCGGUGCCUUCAUCUCGACCGUCAUGUACCCGCUGAACGUGGUCAAGACGCACAUGCAGAGCCGCGUGGGCGGCCCGUUCGCCGGCGUGCUGGCCACCACGGCCGAACUGUACCGGGCGCGCGGCCGCAGCGUGCGCGCCCUCUUCCGCGGCGUGCACAUCAACUACACGCGCUCGCUCAUCAGCUGGGGCAUCAUCAACAGCACGUACGAGCUGCUCCGGUCGCACUUUGUGUAAGGCCGGCCGGCCGGCGGAGGCCCGGGCCACCGGAGUCCGGCUGUGGCACGGCGGCGGGACGGCGCAGCUGCCGACCGGCUGGCUCCGGGCCGCCGGACGUGGCGCACGGCCAUCCCAGCCGCCCCUCUACUUACCUCAGCGACAGCCGCGCCGGGCCGCACGGCCUCGCAGCGUGUACUGCGCGGCUCGGGUCACCGAACCGGCCUUAAAGCCGCCGCCCCCCCCCCCCCCACUGCCUGCUGUCUAUCGAGACCCGUGCUAGAAUCGGACUGGGCCCGGGCCGACCAAUGCCAGUGGGGCGGCGCCCCCCAACCCUUCUCCUGACCGCCGUACACAGGGAGCCCCGCGCUGCCCGCACCAGCUAGUCAUUGAUAGUAGCCGGCGCCGCCUCCGCGGGCUCGACCGGAGCAGUAUUGAGGCGGCCGGGCGGGGCCGAGAGACGCUGUUUUCAGCGGCCGGCCGGCCGGCCGGCGCGCGGUGGCCGAGCUGAGGUUUUAUCUCCGGGUGACUGGCCGCUGCCUUGUGAUGUGAUAUGGCCGCGUGCAAUGAUGGUGCUCUGUGUGAGUGACGUGACGACCCUGCAUGCCAUGUAGUGGGCGAUAGUCGGCGUGAGCCUGUAGUAGGACUUAAGACUAAUGUCAACUCUGCAGAGGCGCCGUGUAGGCCGUUUUCGGUGGGAUAAUCGCAACACGUCGUAAUGUUGACUGCUUAUGAAUGUCGUUCACUCAAAUGUCGGAGGGUUUGUAUUCACAACGAAAUAAAAUGGUGACGCUUACGUAAA